AAGUCACAACCACAAUUAUUACAAAUCUUAAUAAAUGUUAACUAUUGCUGUAUUUCUGAAAUUUUAUGAAGUUUAAAUUUUCUACUUAAAAGAAUUGUAUAUUUUAGUUUUAAAUUAUAAUUAUUAUAGAUUUUAUUGUAAUUUGGUUUAAUUGAUUCUGUUUCUUAAAGAAAUGAAUUCACCAGUAGAUAAUGUUUGGGAAAGACUAGGAAAACCAAAAUAUAUUUUGGCUCCAAUGGUUGAACAAAGUGAAUUGGCUUGGCGAAUGCUUUCUCGAAAGCAUGGAGCACACUUAUGUUAUGCACCAAUGUUACAUAGCCAAAAUUUUGUACAAGAUAGAAAAUACCGAAGAGAAUUUUUUUCUACUUGCCCAGAAGAUCGUCCUCUUGUUGUCCAAUUUUGUGGUAAUGAUCCUAAAGUAUUAUUAAAAGCUGGUAAAUUAAUUGAAGACAGUUGUGAUGCAAUUGAUCUGAAUUUAGGAUGUCCUCAAGCUAUAGCUAAAAGAGGAUUUUAUGGGUCAUUUCUUCAAGAUGAAUGGAAACUUAUUCGUGAUAUAGUGAAGACGCUAAGAGAAAAUCUCAAAGUACCAGUUACAUGUAAAAUUAGAAUAUUUGAUGAUAUAUUUAAAACUAUAGAGUAUGCCAAAAUGCUAGAAGAAGCUGGUUGUCAAAUGUUAUCAGUUCAUGGUAGAACCCGAGAACAGAAAGGUCGCUUUACAGGCAUAGCUGAUUGGAGUCAAAUAAAAGCUGUUAAAGAAAAUGUGUCAAUUCCUGUCUUAGCUAAUGGAAAUAUCUUAAUUAGUCAGGAUGUACAGAGGUGCUUGGAUGAAACCCUGUGUGAAGGGGUAAUGUCUGCUGAAGGACAUUUGCACAAUCCAUAUAUUUUUGAAAAUAAAACGCCGCCAAUUUGGGAACCUGCUCUUGAAUACUUAGAUCUUAGUGAAAAAUAUCCAUGUGCACUUUCAAACACUAGAGGCCAUUUGUUUAAACUAUGUUAUCAUGCGUUUUGUGACAUGGAAAAUGAAAAUAUUAGAGAAAUUCUUGCCAAAGGACAAAAUCGUAAUGACUUUAGAAAAGCAAUAGUUUUAUUAAAAGAAAAAUAUUUACCUUUUCAUAUAGGCCAUAUGCCUUGGAAUAAUAAUCAAAAGGAUUACAAUUUAAUAUUUCCUCCUUGGCUUUGCCAACCAUAUUUUCGAUUAUUACCAUUGAAUGAACCAGAACAGAAUACUAAUACAGUUAAUUUGAAAACUAAUGAAAAAGAAAAUUUAAAACGGAGUAAUGAAGAUUCUAUCUUUGAAGAAUUACAGUUAUCAAAGAAGAAAAUAAAAAGAUUGAAUAAAAUUAAAAAUAAGUUGAAUAAUCCACGAUGCUUUGAAGAGCUAUGUUCCAACUGCCAAAAUCCAAAAGGUUUAAAAUGUGUAUAUAGUUUUUGUAAAAAAUGUUGCCGAGAUAAAUGCUACUUAGAAAAUGCAGAUUGUAUAGGUCAUCGUAUAAUGAUAAAAACAAAUAAGGAAAUUUUAAGAAAUAAAAAAGAUGAAAAAGAAAAACUAGAUUGUCAACAAAUAUACACCAAAGUCAAUUAAAAAAUUUUUGUAAAU